CAGAAAUGGAUUUCCUCCCACAAGGGCUUAAGUGUAAAAGCCUCAGCUGAGCGGGUUUGAGCUCACUCGUCGCCAGGGGGUUACUGAGAGCAUGGAUUAGCUGCUGCCUCGCUCCGCCGCUGGGCUGUGACCAGCUCCCGCGAGUAACCCCCGUCCCCUGCCCGGAAUGAGCUGGGUCUCUAGGGCUCGAGGAUGGGGAGCUGGGCCCUGAAGGUGGCUGGGGGCUUUCUGGCUGCACUGCUGCUGACUGGCAGCGGGUUCCCGUUGUUGGGCACCCCGAAGCCACGAGCGGCCGGGACUGGCAGCGAGCCCAGGAGGGCGAGGAGCCCGGCUGACUCUGCACUGGGGCUGCACCAUCACCAGCGGCACCAGAGACACGUGGCUAGGAACGGCUGUGCACCUGACGACCCCUCGUACUCGCCAAAGCGCUGCUGCCAGAAGUGCCCGGCAGGGAAGUUUAUGACGGCUCCCUGCACGAGCCGUGGCAACGACACGACCUGCAAGAGCUGCCCGCCCGGCACCUACCUCUCCUUCCAGAACCUCGAGCGGGAAUGUCGAAAGUGCUCCGAGUGCCAAGCGCAAGCUUCCCAGCUCGUGCUGAAGAACUGCACCGAGACGAGCGACAUCGAGUGCGGCUGUGGGGCCGGCCACUUCAUGCAGUGCAUGGACCCUGCCUGCAGAGACUUCACCUGCCAGGAAUGUCGCCGAUGCAAGGGCAGGGCCACCCAGAAGAACUGUUCAGAGAAGGAGGAUGCCCAGUGUGGGAACUGCCAGCCUGGCUUCUACCUGGAGGGCAGCGAGUGCCGAGC